ACCCGCCCUCAUCAAGUGCAGGUGAUUUGUCGCUCUUGACACUCACCAACGAAUUAUGCAGCUCUACAAGCCUUUUUUCCUCCUGACUUCAGAGUAUUAAAUUGGGUAUUUGGAGAGGAGCCGACUGGACAAUAUACUCAAAAUGAAUAGCCGCUGUGAUUGACUAAAACCAUGGAUAUUAAAACGAAGUUUUCAGGUUGUUGGGAGAGCGUUCUCACUUGUUUUAAGAAACCAAACCCAAGAGGAAUCACCAAAAACACUCCGAAAAAAGAAGAUGACGUCGACUUUGAAAACCCAGUAGCUGUCCAAAAAACUCAGGCGCGCUUGAGGAGUCCCGACGCCGUCGAGAAUCGUUUUGUCGCGCUUUAUGACUACUCUGCGCGCACCGAGGAAGACUUAAGCUUUAACGCAGGUGACAUUUUGGAAGCUCUGAGUAAAAAUGGAGGUGACUGGUGGUACGCCAAAGCGCACACUGGGAUUUCAGCGUCCAAAACGGGCUAUAUACCCGCAAAUUAUGUUGCGGCAUUGGAAAGCAUCGACGCAGAACCGUGGUAUUUUCCGGAGACAAAAAGGCUGGAUGCGGAGAAGAUGCUGUUAACAGGAAAGAAUGAACAUGGAGCUUUCUUAAUCAGGAACUGUGAAAGCCAGAAAGGGGAGCUCUCCCUGUCAGUGUUGGACAAUGGGAGGGUGAAGCAUUAUAAAUUAAGGAAAAACGAACAUGGUCUUUACUAUGUCUCAAUGACCAAAGUUUUUGAAACAUUAAAGAAGUUAGUGAGUCACUAUUCCACCCAAGCUGAUGGACUCUGUGUACGUCUGAGCGAACCAUGCAAAAAGAUUGAGGCUCCACAAACUAAUGGUCUGUCCUAUAACACUGUGGACCAAUGGGAGAUUGACCGCAAUUCUAUUAAGCUGCUCCAUAAACUUGGAGCGGGUCAGUUUGGAGAAGUUUACGAGGGCAUAUGGAAUGACACCACAGCAGUUGCAGUGAAGACCCUUAAACCUGGUACCAUGGAUGCCAACGACUUUCUCAGAGAGGCUCAAAUCAUGAAGCGACUGAGGCAUGCCAAGUUAAUCCAACUUUAUGCCGUCUGCACCAUGGAAGAGCCCUUCUAUAUUAUAACAGAACUGAUGAAGAAUGGCAGCUUGUUGGAAUACCUCCAAAAGGACAAGGGUGACAAACUCCAGCUCUCCGACCAGAUUGAGAUGGGUGCGCAGGUGGCAUCUGGUAUGGCUUUUCUGGAGUUGCAGAACUAUAUUCACAGAGAUCUUGCUGCAAGAAAUGUGCUAGUAGGAGAGAACAACAUCUGCAAGGUGGCAGAUUUUGGUCUUGCCCGGGUCUUUCAGAAUGAAAAUGUGUACGAGGCAAAAGAAGGUACCAAAUUCCCUGUGAAAUGGACCGCUCCCGAGGCCAUCCGAACCAAUAUUUUCACAAUCAAAUCAGAUGUCUGGUCAUUUGGUAUUCUCUUGUAUGAGAUAAUGACAUUCGGCAAAAUGCCAUACCCAGACAUGACAAACUACCAGGUUGUUCAACAAUUACCCCAGGGCUACAGAAUGCCAUGUCCCCAACAGUGCCCCAAAGUCUUGUAUGAAAUCAUGUUGGACUGCUGGAAAGAGAAUGAGCAGGACCGGCCAACAUUCGAGACCUUGCAGUGGAAGUUGGAGGAGUACUUUGAAUUAAACGCCAGCUCCUACGAUGACGCUGCCCAAAGUUUGCCCAAAGUUAGCACACUAAGCAUGUGAGAGCAAAAUAUAAAACCUAAUCCACUUGAAACGGAACAGGCAAUUGUGAUGCAUUUUGAUCAUCUAUGUUUGCAAUGAUUGACUUUUUAAAAACUGACUGUUAGGAAGCUUUUGCUGUAGUGCUGGUUUUGCAUUUUUCCAACUGAAUGGGCUAAAAGGCUGCUUUCAGCUAAGAAGUAAAGUCUUUACGUAUCUUGAUGAACCAGUUCUACAUGCCAUUCUUCCUUGUGCACAUUGUUUCCACUUGCUACCUGCUAUCCUUUUAACAAGAUAUUACAAUGAAGUGAGUCAUACAACACUUUACCUCAGAUAAGUAGGUUAUAUGUAAUCUUAAAUCUUGACUCUACACUAACUCGGAGUUGCAGUCUGUGUACUUUUCCCCUCCAUCUGAAAGCAUGUUAAUAUUCUUUUUGGCAUUUUACAUGUGUAUGGUGAUAUGUUGCUGUAUUUUUAAGCUUAAUUGUUCAGUUUCCCCUUUAAAGUUUCUCAGUUGUAUGAUUAUAAAUAUAGCCUAAGCAUAUAAUUUUAACUCAUUAAUAUGGCUUCAUCUGUUAUUUGUGUAUUUUAACAAAGGUUUAAUAUAUUAAUCAUACCAGUAAAAAGUGUUUAGAUUUUUUUUUACAUUGACUACUAAAACCUUUAUGAAUCGAACAAUUUUUUAGAAAUCAUUUGCUCAUAUAGCAGCACCAAAGUGAGAAUGUCUGAUGUGCCAGUAUUUUGUUUUGAUCAAUUCUCUAUACCAGUGACAUAUACAGUAAAAGCUGAAAUGCCAUUUAUCUCUAACAAGGAAUUAUUUUGUGUUGAUUAAACUGAGUUUAUCCUUGA